CACUACCACCCCACCACAAUUCCCUCUCUCUCUCCUCCCUCCGUUUUCUUGAGCCAAGAAUGCAAGCUCCGAUGCAAACGCAGGCUCCGCUGCGAAUCCAAGCGCUCCCCUUCGCUUCCACUCUCCGAUUUCCCCUUCCAUUCGUGGUCCUCCCCCGUACCAACCGCCGGCCGGUUAGAGCCCGGUGCUGCGCCGCCGGCGGUGGCGGCAAUGGCAACAAUCCGCGGCCGCCGGCGCAGAAGCAGCGGAGGUCGUACCCAUUCGAUGAGAUAGAGCCGCGGUGGCAGCGGUACUGGGAGGAGAACUGCACGUUCCGGACUCCCGACGAGGUCGACACCUCCAAGCCCAAGUGCUACAUCCUUGACAUGUUUCCCUACCCCAGUGGAGCUGGAUUACAUGUGGGCCAUCCCCUGGGUUAUACUGCCACUGACAUUCUAUCAAGAUACAAGCGCAUGCAAGGUUUCAAUGUCUUACAUCCAAUGGGAUGGGAUGCAUUUGGUCUUCCUGCUGAACAAUAUGCUAUCGAGACAGGGACUCAUCCGAAGAUCACAACAAAGCGAAAUAUUGAACGCUUCAGGUCACAGCUCAAAUCAUUAGGUUUUUCAUAUGAUUGGGAUCGUGAAAUAUCUACGACUGAACCAGAAUACUAUAAGUGGACACAAUGGAUUUUUCUUCAAAUGUUGAAGAAAGGACUUGCAUACCAGGCUGAAGUACCUGUUAAUUGGUGCCCUGCUCUUGGCACUGUUUUGGCAAAUGAAGAGGUUGUGAAUGGUGUUAGUGAACGAGGGGGUUAUCCUGUAAUAAGGAAGCCAAUGCGGCAAUGGAUGCUCAAGAUUACUGCUUAUGCUGAUCGUCUUCUUGAAGAUCUGGAUGAACUUGAUUGGCCAGAAAGCAUUAAAGAAAUGCAACAGAAUUGGAUAAGUCGAUCAGAAGGUGCCGAGCUAAAAUUUAAUGUUGUUAGUACACGUGGAUGGGAACAAGGUGUAGAGCUACCUGUCUAUACAACCAGACCGGACACCAUUUUUGGUGCCACAUAUCUUGUCGUGGCUCCUGAGCAUCAUCUAUUGCCAUCAUUAAUAUCUGAGGCCCAACAUGAAAGUGUAGAGGAGUACAGAGAGCUUGCAGCGAGAAAAAGUGAACUUGAAAGAACUGAUCUUCAAAAAGAAAAAUCUGGUGUUUUUAGUGGUUCGUAUGCUAAGAAUCCAGCUACUGGAGAAGUCAUUCCAAUAUGGGUAGCAGAUUAUGUUUUAGGAAGUUAUGGCACCGGGGCAAUUAUGGCUGUACCUGCACAUGAUUCUCGUGACCAUAAGUUUGCGUUAAAAUAUAAUAUCCCAAUCAUUCGGGUUGUAAGCCCAUUUGAUGAAAGUUGCAACCUUGGUGAACCAUAUCUAGGUGAUGGUGUCAUGGUGAACUCAUCUAAUUCAUUAUCUGGACUGAAUAUCAAUGGCUUGUCAUGCAAAGAUGCUGCUUCAGAAGUCAUAAAUUGGCUUGAGAGAACUGGUUAUGGGAAGAAAAAGGUGAACUACAAGCUGAGGGAUUGGCUUUUUGCAAGACAACGCUAUUGGGGAGAACCUUUUCCAGUGAUGUACCUGGAUGAUACUGGUGAAGUUGUCCCUCUUCCAGAAAAUGAGCUGCCCCUUACUCUGCCCGAAUUGGAUGACUUCACUCCUACUGGAACAGGGGAACCCCCAUUGGCGAAAGCAACAUCUUGGGUUAAAACCUUGGAUCCUACAUCUGGGAAACCUGCAAAACGUGAAAUGAGUACAAUGCCACAAUGGGCUGGCUCCUGCUGGUACUAUUUGAGAUUUAUGGAUCCAAAAAAUUCAACUGCAUUGGUUGAUAGGGCAAAAGAAAGGUAUUGGGGCCCCGUCGAUAUCUAUGUUGGUGGUGCUGAGCAUUCUGUCCUGCACUUGCUUUAUGCCAGGUUUUGGCACAAGGUCCUCUAUGAUAUAGGUGUAGUUUCCACGAAGGAACCUUUCCAGUGCCUUAUAAAUCAAGGGCUAAUACUUGGAGAGGUUGAAUAUACGGCAUGGAGAGACCAAGAAGGGAGAUUGGUUUCUGCUGAGUCCAUCAGCAUCACAGGCAAUCAUCAUCAAGAAAAGAUACCUGUGGACAAGGUUACAAAGAUUGGUGAUUUUUAUGUCCUAAAAGAUAAUCCGGACAUUCGUUUAGUUGCUAGAGCCUACAAAAUGAGUAAGAGUAGAGGAAAUGUCAUCAAUCCCGAUGAUGUUGUUUCUGAAUAUGGUGCAGAUUCUCUUCGCUUGUAUGAAAUGUUCAUGGGACCAUUAAGAGAUUCAAAAACAUGGAGUACUGGUGGGAUUGAAGGUGUUCAUCGGUUUCUCGGGAGGACUUGGAGGCUGAUUGUGGGCCCUCCCUUACCAGAUGGAAUGUAUAAGGAUGGAACAGUUGCCACUGAUGAUGAGCCAACUUUCGAACAGCUCCAUACUCUUCACAAAUGCAUUGAGAAGGUAGUGGAAGAGAUUGAAGAAACAAGAUUUAAUACAGGAAUUUCUGCAAUGAUGGAAUUUGUCAAUUCUGCAUAUAAGUGGGAUACUUGUCCAAAAUCAAUUAUCGAGCCGUUUGUCUUGUUGCUUUCUCCUUUUGCACCACACAUGGCUGAGGAGCUCUGGUUUCGACUGGGACACUCAAAUACAUUGGCCUAUGAACAUUUUCCAGAGGCCAAAAGCAAGUACUUGAAAGAGUCAACCAUUGUGCUGCCUGUUCAGAUCAAUGGGAAGACUAGAGGUACCAUUUUGGUCAAUGAAGUGUGCUCGGAGGAUGAUGCUUUCAGAGUAGCAUCACUGGAUGAGAAGCUCUCCAAGUAUUUGCUUGGAAAGACAAUAAGGAAAAGGAUAUAUGUUCCAAGAAGGAUUUUGAAUGUUAUAUUGGAUCAAGAGAAGGUAAAGUCUUGAUAUUGUUUUUGUGGUCAAUAUUUUAUUUAUUAUUCAUAUCCAAUGUUGUGUGUGCUGUCAAUCUUCUCUGUACCAUAAAUAAAUUCUUCCAAUUUAAUUGAAUAAAGAUUAUUCUUUACAA